CCUUUCGAGCUAGCGUGCAUCCGGGACCACUCCGAAAGUCCCGUCUGCGGUCGGUGAAGUGCUACGAGGAGUGCUUAUCUUUGUUCUGUUUUUUUUUUCUCGUUACUUUGCAUCUUCUAUUCCCACCGCGGAAUACGUGCGCGCUAGUGCGAUUUUGGCAAGCGUGUGCCGUGAAUUUAUUUGCAGAAUUGUGUUGGUGUUACACGCGUUUCAUUUUAAUUCGUACCGUUUUGUACAAUUUGUUUUCAUCUUUUGCCGCUUCCGGUACCGGUUGAAGUUAGUUUUAGAUUGAUAAGGCUCGAUCAAGAGAUUGUGUCGAAAGAGCGUACCGUAGGGGGCAAAUAGCACACAAGGGCAAUCGGAGAAAGAUCACCAAGUCGAGGGGUGAGGAAACCGACGACGGUACAGCGAAGGCGGCGACGAUCGAGCGACAACGCACACUAUGACACGCGGAUUGCUGCGGCUGUGCUGUCAGCAGGGAGAUGCACUGCUGCAUGUAGCGAAACCGGUGCAUCCUCUGCGACUCUUCUCCGGUAGUGUCAAACUUUUGCAAAAAGAUGGCAAACCAACCACGGCCGUCAAAGGCAUCCCGUACAAGAAUCUGGUUAUCGGAGUACCGAAAGAAAGGUGGACCAACGAGAAAAGAGUCUCCGUAACGCCCGUAGUUGCCGGAACUUUAAUCAAGAAAGGUUUCAAGGUGCAGGUUGAAAGUGGCGCUGGUUUCGCCGCAAAAUUCCGCGAUGCAGACUACGAAGCCGCCGGGGCCAACAUCGUGGAUGGCCGGGCAGCAUUUCAGACGGAUAUUGUCCUGAAAGUGCGUCAACCCGCUGAGAUCGAGAUUCCACAGUUACGAGAAGCAUCGACGUUGGUUUCGUUCCUCUACCCUGCGCAGAACAAGGAACUGAUCGAUAAACUCGCCCAGCGGAAGAUAAACGCUUUCGCCAUGGAUGCCAUCCCCCGUAUAUCCCGUGCCCAAGUGUUUGAUGCACUCUCCUCGAUGGCGAACAUUUCCGGCUACCGAGCCGUCAUUGAGGCGGCCAAUCACUUUCCACGCUUUUUCACCGGUCAGAUUACGGCCGCCGGUAAGGUACCACCGGCGAAGAUCCUCGUGAUCGGUGGUGGCGUGGCUGGUUUGGCAGCUUGUGGGCAGGCCCGUGGUAUGGGUGCCAUCGUGCGUGCAUUUGACACACGGCCGGCCGUGAAGGAGCAGGUGGAGAGUAUGGGUGCCGAGUUUCUGACCAUCAACAUCGAAGAGGACGGCUCGACGGCCGGCGGAUACAGUAAGGAAAUGAGCAAGGAGUUCAUCGAGGCCGAGAUGGCGCUGUUUGCGAAGCAGUGCAAGGAGGUUGACGUGAUUAUCACAACAGCCCUGAUUCCGGGCAAAAAGGCACCACUGCUGAUCACUGAGGAAAUGGUGAAAUCGAUGAAACCGGGCAGCGUAAUCGUUGAUCUGGCCGCGGAGGCCGGUGGAAACGUUGAAACGACUGUGGCGGGUGAGAUCCGUACCGUGCACGAUGUGGUACAUGUCGGUUUGACCGACUUCCCUAGCCGCCUGCCAACGCAAAGUUCCACCCUCUACGCGAACAACAUUUCCAAGUUCCUGCUGUCGAUGGGCGAGAAGGAUCACUUCAACAUCAACCUCGAGGAUGAGGUGGUCCGGGGCAGUAUCGUCCUGCAGAACGGCAAUCUCAUGUGGCCCCCACCGGUUAUUGCCGUAUCGGCGAAACCACCACCAUCGGUGGCCGCAACUGGCGCCGCGGUAGUGAAACCGGAUGCCAUCCCACCGAACCCCUUCAACGAUACGCUGAAAAGCAGCAUGGCCUACACGGGCGGGUUGGGAACGCUGCUAGCGCUUGGAGCUGUGUCGCCAAAUCCGGCCUUUACGACCAUGAUGACCACGUUCGCCAUGUCCGGUAUUGUCGGCUACCAUACGGUGUGGGGUGUGACUCCUGCCCUUCAUUCGCCCCUCAUGUCCGUCACCAACGCCAUUUCGGGAAUAACGGCCGUCGGUGGGCUCCUGCUCAUGGGUGGUGGAGUAAUGCCGUCCAACACCAUAGAAACGCUUGCCGCUAGUGCGGCCCUCAUCUCGUUCGUCAACAUCUUCGGUGGUUUCCUGGUAACCCAGCGGAUGCUGGACAUGUUCAAACGCCCGACCGAUCCGCCAGAGCACAACUACCUGUACGGCAUUCCAGCCGCACUGUUCCUCGGCGGAUACGGCAUGGGUGCACUGCAGAAUCUUCCCGAGAUUCACCAAAUGGCAUACCUGGCGUCGAGCUUGUGCUGCAUUGGCGCGCUCGUGGGCCUUUCGUCCCAGAAAACUUCCCGGCUUGGCAAUGCGCUCGGUAUGAUGGGAGUUACCGGAGGUAUUGCGGCUACCCUGGGGUACAUGGCGCCAAGCACGGAGGUGUUGAUGCAGAUGGGCGGCGUGGCCGGUCUCGGUGGUCUGCUAGGGUCGAUUAUUGCCAAGCGUAUCCAGAUCACUGAUCUGCCUCAGUUGGUUGCGGCAUUCCACAGUCUCGUCGGUGCGGCUGCCGUGCUUACGUGCGUCGCCACGUACAUGCACGAUUUCCCCACGCUGGCCACCGACCCGGCAGCUAACGUGCUCAAGACGGCUCUGUUCCUUGGCACGUACAUUGGAGGUGUGACCUUUAGUGGUUCGCUUGUGGCGUACGGCAAGUUGCAGGGUGUACUUAACUCUUCGCCACUGCUGCUGCCCGGUCGUCACUGGAUCAACGGUGGCCUGCUGGCGGGCAAUCUUGCUGCCAUGGGUGCUUUCUAUCUCGAGCCGUCGAUGGCCGGUGGACUGGGACUGCUCGGAGCGACCGCUGCCAUGUCGACGGCGAUGGGUGUUACGCUGACGGCGGCCAUUGGUGGCGCCGACAUGCCGGUCGUUAUCACCGUACUCAAUUCGUACUCUGGUUGGGCACUGUGUGCCGAGGGUUUCAUGCUGAAUAACAACCUUAUGACGAUCGUGGGCGCACUGAUCGGAUCGUCCGGUGCGAUCCUAUCGUACAUUAUGUGCAAGGCGAUGAACCGCUCGCUGCCGAACGUAAUCCUCGGCGGGUACGGAACGACCUCGACUGCCGGUGGCAAACCGGCCGAAAUCGUUGGCACGCACACCGAGGUAAAUGUGGAUGGUGUGGUAGAUAUGAUCCGCAACUCGAAGAACAUCAUCAUCACGCCCGGAUACGGAUUGUGCGUGGCCAAGGCGCAGUACCCGAUUGCGGAGAUGGUAAACUUGCUGAAGUCGCGCGGCAAGAAGGUCCGUUUCGGUAUCCAUCCAGUAGCAGGACGCAUGCCGGGUCAGUUGAAUGUGCUGCUUGCCGAGGCAGGUGUCCCGUACGACGAUGUGCUCGAGAUGGAGGAAAUCAAUGACGACUUCAGCGAAACGGAUCUGGUGUUGGUGAUUGGUGCGAACGAUACGGUGAACAGUGCGGCUGAGGAUGACCCGAACUCGAUCAUCGCCGGCAUGCCGGUGCUGCGCGUUUGGAAGGCAGAUCAGGUGGUUGUUAUGAAACGUUCCCUUGGCGUCGGCUACGCGGCCGUGGACAAUCCGAUCUUCUACAAACCGAACACAUCGAUGCUGCUUGGUGACGCGAAGAAAACGUGCGACGCACUGCUGGGCAAAAUCAAGGAAGAGAACUGAAAACACGACCCGUUGCGUUCCUGCAGCAGACACUCCACGCUGAAUAUUUCGGUUGGGUAUUUUGUACUGGAAAAUGAGGCGCAGAUUUUGCGUCGGUGCAUUUAAUUUACGAAUGUAUGUUGGAGAGCACCACGUGCCCGUUCAUGUUUAUUUUGUACUUUAAUUGUAUUAUAUAAUAAAGUAAAUGCUUUUAUGAUGUA